AAUCCAAACAGCGUGACAAAUCAAGGAAAUAAUGAUAGCACUUUCAAUCAAUUCUUACAAUCACAACAACAACAGCAACAACAAACGAACCAAAAUCAAAAUCAAUCGGGCGGAAAUCAAGAAACAACAACUGUAAAUCCAGCAAUUGCUCAACUUAAACUUUCGUCGCCAUAUAUAAAUUGUCCUACACUCAGUCAGUAUGACCCCGUUUGUGGUUCGGAUAAUCAAAUUUAUGGCAAUGCAGAAAAAUUACAAUGUGCAAAUAAUUGUGGCCGACUAUUAACACCCAACUGGGAUGUGUUUGAAAAAGCUCAAAUGAAUCGUAGCGGUGAAAAAGUGGCUCUUAUUUUUCUCCAAAUAAUACUGCAUCAAGAAUCUGACAAACGAGGUUUCAAGUUAAUAACUGAUACCUUGCUUGAAGUAAACCCGGCAAUAAUUGAAAUUUCAUCACAGUUUGCAGGAUUUUUAUUAAAUUGCCUAUUAUCAGGGGCUUUUAAAAAAAGGGGAAACAAGAGUUCAAAUUAGAAAAAUAAUGAUAACAUAAAAAUUGCUUACUUUCAGUUGUUUUCAGUAAUCGUUGACUUUAUAAUUUCCGUUAACAUGUGAAGGCGUCAAUGUUCCAUAUAAAUCGUUUUUGUAAGAAAAUAGUCGCUGGAUCAAUAUGGAAUGACGAUUAUGAUAUAUGGCGAUUUUGUAUUGAAAAAAAUAAUCGGCGUCUUGACCUAAAACGUUAAUAUGAUAUGGUUGUUUGAAAUGUGUCCGUAAAAAAUGGCAAUACAAAAAUGGAAUCUGAAGAACGUUACAUAAUUUGUUUUUACAUAGUACAACUCCAUACAAAAAAAAAUAUGUAACGUUCUUCAUUAAAAUGUUUCUUAAUUUUCUGGGAUUUUCCUGCUCAAGUUCAUUUCAAGUAUAUCGGUGAAUAUUAUAUUCUAUUUUAAAUCCAAUUUCAUCCACACCAAAAUCAAUUCUGGAAAACCCGUUAAGAUUAUUUUUUUUCCAAGUGUGCUCCAUCGAUAUCAUUUCAUUUUUUUUUUUAAAUUCGAAUAAUUAUAAUAAAUUCUUCAUUAGUCUUUCAUGCUUAUCACUAUCAAGAUUAUCAAGUGCGAACAAUUCUUAGUCAUUUGCUUAUGGCAUUUGAAUACGAAAAAUCUUUAGUCUAAAUGUUACACUCUUCAUAAGCACAGUUCGGUUUCGACUUAAAAUUCGGUUUUAGUUUAGUUGAAAUUGUUCA